CCCCGCCCUUCCCUCCCUCUUAUACUUAUCCUCGCAGUCUUCUUUGGUACCGUUGGGGUCGUCCGUUCUGCAUCCAUGGGGGAGUUCGCGGACGCGGAGAGAUUUGAGUGUCUUAAGCCCUCUCUUCCUUUCAUGGAGAUGGACACCAACUUGGAGCUGAUGAGGCAGCUCGCGGAGCUCAAUGGCUCGGCUAUGCACAGCCCGAGCAUGGGAUUGAUGGAUUACUCCGAGGAGUACUACUUGCCUCAUCAGUCCGAGUUCUCGAUUCCAUAUAUCGAUGACUUGACCGGUCCGCCUGCAGAACGCCAAAAACCCAUUGCGGAGUCGCAGCCUGCGGGAUCUGUUGGAGAGCAGAGUCAUGGAGGCAGGAAAAGGAAGAUGAUCGCGGAAUCGAAUGCGAGUUCCCACAACUUUUCAGAGGUCUACUCGGUGAUUGGAUCGGCAGAAGUUAACACUGAGAAAAAGAACGGGUCCGAGAGUGGGAGAAGACGCAAAAGCAAUUCGAAGGAAGCAGGGAAGCCAAAGGAGGUAGUCCAUGUGAGGGCAAGAAGAGGCCAAGCCACUGACAGCCACAGCCUAGCUGAGAGGGUGAGGAGGAGGAAGAUCAAUGAAAGAAUGAGAUGUUUACAAGACCUUGUUCCUGGAUGCUACAAGACGAUGGGUAUGGCAGGGAUGCUGGAUGAGAUAAUCAACUAUGUGCAAUCACUGCAGAACCAAGUUGAGUUUCUUUCGAUGAAACUUUCGGCUGCGAGCUCCUUUUACGACUACAGCUUGGGUGUGGAAGCCAUCGCAAUAACUCAGGUGGAUGGAGCAUACGAGGGGGAAGAGGCAGAGAGAGCGCAGAGAAAGGGACAUGGGGAUUGCACCAGCGUCCACUCAAUAUCGAUGCCCUCCUUUUGACUCGGCUUUCGGCUCUUGGCACUUCCAUGUCUCUGACCACAUACAUUGCACUCUCGCUUCCUCUCCCAACCUCAGCUCAAGAAGUCUAUUUCCCGGCAUCCAUGCAUGGCUCACGUGCAUACGAGCUAUUUGCUUUCCUUCGCACAUGUGUGGGCCUUAGCAAAACUCUCUCUCUCUCUCUCUCACACACACACA